CGUUAAUACGUAGCCGCUUCUUGAUCGCCCCGCCGACGUCCGACGUCGUGUCCAGGGACUUCAGGGAGCCGUAUGCGUAUCGGGAUAACCGACCACGUCGAGCACACACGUUUUCCAGAUUCAAUCGGGCCGUGGAGGAUUCGAGACCGGUUCAACUGAUCCUAGAUAUUCCGCGUAAGCGCGCGAUUUCCGUAAUCCGGCGACCCUUCCGCCAUGGUUAACACGAGGGUGUUCUUCGACGUGGAGGUCGGAGGACUGCCCAUGGGCAGAGUAGUCUUCGAGCUCUUCUCGGACACUUGUCCCGUAACGUCUGACAACUUUCGCGCGCUGUGUACCGGAGAAAAGGGACUUGGGAAAACGACGGGCAAGCUGCUGCAUUAUAAAGGCAUUGUUUUUCACAGGGUCGUGAAGGACUUUAUGAUUCAGGGUGGCGAUUUCUCGAUAGGUAACGGCACUGGCGGCGAGUCGAUUUACGGCGGUACAUUUGCAGAUGAAAACUUUAUUAUCAAACACGAUAAGCCGUUUUUGUUGUCGAUGGCGAAUCGCGGUAGAGAUACCAAUGGCUCCCAGUUUUUCAUUACAACACAACCAGCGCCUCACCUCGACAAUGUCCAUGUGGUUUUUGGAGAAGUAGUGACUGGGCAAGAGAUCGUCAUGCAUAUUGAAGGACUUCCAGUAGACCGAAUGUCACGUCCGUUGCAAGAUGCUAAGGUAGUGAACUGUGGCGAAUUGGUCUUGAAGAUCAAAAGUAAAGCGAAAAAACGAGAAGCGAAGCAAAGUAGUUCGGCGGAGUCAGAGACUGAUUCUUAUGCCGAUAAAGCGAAGAAGAAAAAGAAGAACAAGAAAAGUAAAAAGCGAGCGAAGUCGGAAGACGGUGAAAUUCGGGAUUCAAAUGAGGAAGACGAAGGGCAGCCUCAUCCGCUGGUGUCCGUUACCAAAAUCGAUCCCGAUGAAAUUCCGGAAGUGCCGGCAAAUAAAUUUUUGUACAGAGCAGGUUCCACCAAUAAUGCGAAUCAGAAGGAAUUUAGACAGCAUUACGGAAGAGAUCGUGUACGAUCUCAUAGAAAGACUGGCCGUGUUUUCAAGGGUAGAGGAAUAUUCCGAUAUCACACUCCUUCUCGAAGUCGUUCCAGAAGUGUAACGCCGCCUCAUUGGAAGCAAGCUCAAAAUCGUACUAUCAAGUUGCACGAAUUUCAGAAAAUAGAAAAGGAACGUCUCAAGAAAGAAGAAGAGUUCAAGACCCGUGAGACUGACCGAAUUAAAAGAUUCGUAGAGAAUCCGGAUGAAAAUGAUCAAGUGCCAGAUCUAGAUAACGAUAUACACGCGUCGGAAUUAAUGGAGAAUAAAGAGAACGACCAGACAGACGAAACUGCGGCUAUGGUGGCGCAGGAUGAUAACGUGAAGAGAGACGCAGAGGGAAAUGAUAUGCAGAACAAGGAGAUGAAGCAAAACAAGAAUGAGAGGUCGUUCAAGCGUGACGCUAACCGAUCCUACAACGAUCGAAACUCACGACGCGACUCCAAGGAUAGAAGCAGAAGACGCGGGCGUUCUCGGUCGAGAGAUCGUCGAAGAUCCAGAGAGAGGGACUACGAUCGUAGAGCAAGUCGCGACAGAAGAAAUCAGAGAAAUUAUUCUCCACGUAGGCGAGAUUUUUACAGAACCCACAGACCCGGAAGAGAUAAUUAUAGGCAUUACGAUAAGCGCAACGAUCGACGUCGGAAUAAUUCAAAUUCCCAUCAGGACAACGACAUCAAUUCCCGCCACGACAAGACUAAGUAUAAGAAAAACGAUAACGUAUCGGACACGAGCCAAGCGAAGUUCAAACGCCGUUCGCGGUCGAGCAGCUCCAGCAGCCAGCACGCAAAGGAUUAAUCCGCAUCACUUCACAUUCUUUCUUUCGCUUAUUGACACCAACGAAAUAUUAAAAUAAACUGGCUCUUUAAAUCAAAUAUCUGAACGAUUAAGCUCAUAACGCAGUAUUUCUUAUUAUUUCAUAGCUAAGCAUACGCUUCUAUGACACAAUAACACGAAGUUGUAUUAUUUACAUGGAUUGUAUUCACAUUAUGUAUAUUUAAUAAUUACAGGGAUGCGGUUUUAAAUAAAUAAUUACAAUUAACUAUUGCAAAUAUACCUAAUCCGAUAAUAAAGCAUGUAGUUAAUACUGCGUUAUCUAAUCGUCCAAGUAUUGGCGAUCACGUGAACAUAUUUUAGAUAAUCUGUGUAUCCUGCCAAUGUUAUUCAGCACUCUAAUACUACGAUUAUACUUAUCAAUGUACAAUCACCGACAUAUUAAUUUCCGAAUCAAUAAUGUAAUAAUGCUGGAGCAAUAUAUCUCGACUCCGUUUCAAUCACACAUUUGUGGUCAAUACAAGUGUUUCAUCAUUGGAAUGUACAAUAAGGUUUAUCUACAUUUACUCUUAUGAGACUAUCUAUUUUUUGCAUCUCUUCUCUACCUCUUUCAUAUGUUGGGUAUAUACAUGUAUAUUUCACUGCUAAAUAUUCUCAAAAUAUUUCUACAUGAAGACUCUCUUCAGGACUUUGACUAUUAAUUUCCCUUUUAGAGUUCGAAUCUAAUUGUCCCGCUUUACGUGAUAAAUCACACGAAAUCAUUCAGACUCGAAAAUUAAUGAUAACUUCAGUCAACGAUUAGAAAAUACGCUUUAAAUAUUUUAUAUGUAACAUACAUGAUGUGUAAAAUUGUAAUAAAUGAAUUACUUGUAUGCCAUCAUUCUUAUGACGGCCGUCAUCUAUUAACAAUAAAGAGAAAUUUUUUGUAGAUUUAAUAUUGUAA